AUGGAGCAUAGCGCCGAAGAGCCAGUCUCCUCAAGCAAAAAUCAUGGGGGACCUCAAUUUCAGACCAUGGACGACUUCAUAAAGGAAGGAGAUGAGAGAGAAGCAGUACUUCUAGCGAGCAAACCACCUCCUAAAACGCAACCUCUUGGAAAGAAGCAAAAACGUGUAGUUGACAUCGAGGCCCUUACUGCUGAAGCACGUGCGCUGGAGGCGAUUGGUGAUACAAAUUGGAUUGGCAAAUUAAAUGAGUACCGCAGUUCUCAUCCACCACUCGAGGGGUUGACAUACACCGAAAAUACAAUAACAGAGAGCACCCCGCGGUUCACGUGCACAGUCACCAUCCGCGAAACCCCCCUAACUUUUGGUGGUAGUUCAGUCUCAUUUGGCAAUAAGAAGACUGCCAAGCAUUAUGCCUCUAAGAGAGCCAUUGAUUGGCUUAUCGGAAAUGGAUUUAUGCCCGCGGAUGGCUCUGUGAAAUUCCCCAAAGUCCCCCAAGCUGAACCUGCCAAAUCCAAAGCUACUGGAACUGCAUCAGAGGAUAAACCCAAAACAUUUGCCAGUCAGGUUCCUGACCUUUGUACCCGGUUAGGUUUUGACAUGCCAAGGUACGAGCUAACGAAAGCACAAGAGAGCGUCUCUCUUUGGGAUGGAUAUGCCUACUUCUCGGGGGACCCGCGCAUUACUGGUAAAGUAGGACAGGUUAACAACGUCUUUGGGCAAAAGAAAGCGAAAGAGAUGAUUGCAGAGGAGCUCUUGAGUUUCUUGAAGGACAUUGAGAGGCAGAGGCUAGAGUUUGAUGAGAUAGAGAGAAAAAGGAAAAGAUCCUCGGCUGGCUCUGUGCAUGAAGAUUUGGCAACACAGGCUGCUAAGAUCGUGAAAUCUGAGAAGCCCCACGCUGCUGAUUUCUUUAAUUAG